AUGCCUUUUACUACGGAAACGGACGAUGUGGUAACAGCGUCGCAGGGAAAUGUAAUCAUGGGCCAUUUAGGCAAUGCCACCUUGAAAGAGGAACUGGGGCGAUCCACUUGGAAGUUACUGCACACGAUGGUGGCAAGAUAUCCUGAAGAACCAACAACCGAUGAACGUGAAGCAUUAGGACAAUUCAUCAAGCUUUUAAGCAGAUUAUAUCCUUGCGGUGAAUGUGCUGAACAUUUCCAGCUGCUUCUUGAGCAAUACCCGCCGCAGACGGCUUCUCGUAUCGCGGCAAGUCAAUGGGCAUGCGCUAUUCACAACAAAGUGAAUGAACGUCUUCACAAGGACAUCUUUGACUGUGGAACGAUCGAGGAAAAGUAUCCAUGUGGUUGCGAUGAAUGA